UAUAGGCUCUGAAGAGAGUCAAGGAGCACGUGCAUUUCUUCUUCCCAAAGGCCAAAUAAAAUUGUAAUUUGGUCGGGAGCUUUGUGAAAGAAGAAUGUUACGACUGGGAAGAGGAGAAUAUUUCUUUAGACCGCUAUUCUAUUUCACGGCGUUAUUUAUUUUCUUUCAAGUAACACGCCUUCAAUUCUUUACUAGUCCCACUCACAAAAAACAAAGGCGUUUUGGAGGGAAAUUGAUAUUUUUGACCGUUCAAACCAACCUCAUUCUGUUUGCGUAUACUUUGUUGGCACUUGCAACUUCCUGCCUAAAGGCUUUUUUACCGGAUAAUAACAAGUAUUCAUGGUUCAACCGGUUGGAAAAAUUCUGUUAUCAGACGAGUGGUCUUGCGUUCCCAAGUGGUGCUUUUAUGGGUCUUGGCUAUUACACCCUCAUACACUUUCACAAGGAAGUGAGAAAAGUUGCACACCAAGUGAAGCAUUUCGACAAACUCAUGCACUUGUUGCAUGGGUUUCCCUUACUUUAUGUUUUCUUGGACUCGUUCUUUUUGGACCCUUCCGUGAUAGAAAAAUAUAGGCAGUCUUUUUGGAUGGAAGCAAGUUGGAGUCUAGGCUUUGCUUUUUUCUAUUUUUGUUGGACUUUUCUUUGUGCUUAUUUAAAUGACUGGAAUUGGCCAUAUCCGUUCCAACAUGAAUUAUCCGCUUUCAAACAAGUUGUUUUCUAUAGUAUGGUAUUUGCUAUAGUUCCCAUGUUAGUUUGGCUAGGAAGAAACAUUCGUGGUUCGCUGCAUUGGAAAUCUUGGAAAGAGAGCAAGGAUAAGAGUCAUGAUGCAGUUAAAAUAGAAUAGAGAAAAUGUGGGUUACUUUCUAUGUAAAGUUCUGGUUAUC